GUGCAGUCUCUCUCUCUCUUUCGCUCACACAUCUCUUUUACUCUCUCUCUCUGUCCUCUCCCGUCUCUGGAGCAGACAGUCAGUGGAGCAUCGGCACGGCAUCAGAGCGGCACAGGACUGACGGAGGAGGACGAAGUCGACAACUGCUGACAGAAAACAAUUAAGAACAUUUACGGCAGAACAUCAAUUGUAAUACAGUUGAAAGCAGAGCAGAAGCAACAGAUUGCCCUCACUUGCAAUUGCUGCUACAACUGAUGUUCUGGGCUUGGAAAUGAAGCAGACUGGGAACAGCUCCUGGCAUCUCGUGGUCAGUUUCUCUGUCUGAAAGAAAUGCUUUUGCUCUGUACAAAGAGGAAGGAAUUAACAGUGCUGAGCGACAGGAACCAAAAGCUUUGAUUCAGUCGUAAAGCAACACGUUGCUGGGCGUCAGCACCACCUCCACCAUCAGUGUCUCCUCACAUCCACAUCUUCCUUUCUACACUGGGAUCUAAGGAAGAAAUUCGAGCUUUGAAUGCACAAACAGGAGGAUGUUAGACUGGCAUGCAGAGUGCAGAGUUUAGGGAGUUUUGCUGUGAAUCAAAGAGCAAGAUCUCGUUUUAACGGUGCAGGUGAGAUCGGGUGCCGUCAGUAGUUCCACCUGACUCUCAUUUUGACUUCUGACGACAUGAGAGACAUGAAAAGGACAAUGCACAUGAGGAUCAACAAACCAGAAGCCAAUAACUAGAGGAGAGAUGACAGGAAAAGAGAGACCUAACCCUGGAGCACACGGUCACAGAUAGAUCCAUAAUUAUUCUUUGAAACUAUUUACCUGAUCAAAAGUGAGCAACCUUGACGUAUAUCUUUCCACAUUUCAGAUUUCUAUCAUGUUUUUGCACCAGAGGACAUUAAUUUCACAUACAGAGAAAGACGAACAGCAAAAACUUUAUUUCAUGUCAACUUGUGCCACCAGUCAGUGCAAGUAACUUUCUGCACCGAUUCAAGUCGGUGUGAGUGCCUUGGGGCUCUCAUUUGACUGUUCUUUUUGGAGUGAAGUGGAUCUGCCGUGGGGGGCAGCUGACAACCAUCCAAGACGCCGCGAGCCGUACUCCGCGUGAAAAAUGCCCAGCCGCGCUUGGCCAAGCCGGCCGACCCGGGCCCGACGACGGGCCUCUACAUGGAGAGGUCGCAGAGCCGCAUCAGCCUGUCAGCGUCCUUUGAGGCCCUCGCUAUCUACUUCCCCUGCAUGAACUCCUUUGAUGAGGAUGAUGGAGUGGAUACAGAUGGCAGGAAGUUGAAGGGAGCUAUCCAGAGGAGCACAGAGACGGGGCUGGCUGUGGAGAUGCCCAGUCGAACUGUUCGCCAGGCUAGCCACGAGUCCAUAGAAGACAGCAUGAACAGCUAUGGCUCCGAAGGGAAUCUUAACUACAGUGGCAUGUGUCUGGCAUCCGAUGCUCAGUUCAGUGACUUCCUGGAUGGGAUGGGACCAGCCCAGUUUGUUGGGCGACAGACACUGGCGACAACAUCCAUGGGUGAUGUAGAGAUUGGACUGAUGGAGCGGAAUGGGGGACUGGAGGUGGAGGUCGUCCAGGCCAGAGGCCUCACCAUGAAACCAGGUUCAAAGGGACCUCCAGCAGCCUACAUUAAAGUUUAUCUUCUGGAGAAUGGAAUCUGUGUGGCCAAGAAGAAGACGAAAUCAGUGAGAAAAUCUCUGGAUCCUCUCUACAACCAGGUCCUGGUCUUCUCUGAGAGUCCACAGGGGAAAGUGGUCCAGGUUAUUGUUUGGGGCAACUAUGGACGGAUGGACCGCAAAUGCUUCAUGGGUGUAGCUCGAAUCCUACUGGAGGAGCUGGACCUCAGCACAAUGGUUAUCGGCUGGUACAAGCUUUUCCCUACCUCCUCCAUGGUGGAUCCAACAAUGGCACCGCUCAUCCGCCAUUCAUCCCAGAUGUCAUUGGAGAGCACCAUUGGGCCCUGUUGUGAGCGAUCAUAAGACUCACGCAGAAAUGUAUAGUUUUGAUGUUGCGGCUAAGUUUCCAUUGCUUCAACCAAGUACAGAGUUUUUGUAAACCCUGCAUUGCUGCACCUGGGUCAGCCAGGCAGUGCUGUCCCUGGAGCAGGUAGAUGUAAAGUAUCUCACUCAAGGCUACUUCGACAGGCCCAGCUACACUGGGGAAUGAAUCACUUCCCUAAUUUGGAAAUCAAUUUACAAACCAGUUGGUCAUGCUGGUUCUCAUUGGAAAUGUGUUAUAAUUCUUUGAUAUUGUAUCAGACUAUUUCCCGAGACUCAUGGGAAGUACAUUUCUUUUGUUGUUGCAACCGACCGCCCCCCGGAAUUUUUUUUUCUCUUCAGAGCUCUAUAAAGAAAAAACAAAAACCUUCUUAAUGAGGAUACUUCAAAGAAGGGUUUGGUUGCCGACAUUGAUUACAUCCUAUUGGGACCACGAUAGACUCCAGGCUCAGCUCGCUUCAGCUACAGCCCUUCUUUACAGCCUACAUUCAAUUCCCCAUCCCAGGACUGCUUGUUGUCUUUCUGUGUCUUCAUUAAGGGGCUGGGCAGCUUCUGAGUGUUAUUGUCUACCCACGAGUCCUAGGAGAAAGUGAGACUGUCCUCAAAUUGUUUGACAAACCACCAUCUCAUUUUGAGGGAGCAUUGAUGGCGAAUGAAUGUGUGCAUAGCAACUUGAGAGGCUUUCAAAGAAUAUAUAAAGUUAAGUGUUGUAACUGACCAAGACAUUACCUGGUUUUUAGCACUUGACCUGUAUUACAUUUCUUGUGUCACAGGUUUGGCCCAUCAUUGUUCACUUUAUUUGGUAAAAUGUAGAGAAUCUGAGAGGUAGAAAUAUGAAUGAAACCCCCAUCAUCUACUGGAAGGAUGAAGAUUUGGAACUGAUUUUGUGGGUCAGGGCUAGUCCUGGCUUUCUCUCCUGUUAACUACAUUUACCUGGAAUACAAGGUAUAAAGUGGUCAAAGAGUGAAUUUAUAUGGCUUAGAAGAAGAACUACCACAUUAUGAGUUUAAAAAAAAAACGUGUCUCAUUAUAACCCCAAAGCAUGUACUUUUUAAAUUGCAAUGAAUCUUGGUAUUAGCUGAUUUUGCAGAUUGUUUUGUCACCAUUUUUGGAAGGUGCUUUUCAAUCACAUCAGUUACUGUUGUGUUUGGAAUCAAGCACAUAAAAACAUGUAUCCUUUGGGUUUAAAAAAAAUAGCUGGGUGUUUCUUGAAUCAACAGCACACCGAUUAUGUUCAAUUAGAGAUUUCCAGAGUAUGGCACCAGAUGUAAUCAAAGUCCACCAACCUGAAUCACUUCAGGCGGUGUGAUAUGUGAAAACAUUUGACUCCUUCCUCUUGAAUAUCGUUAUGAAAAUGCUAGUUUGAUAGUUUCACAACCACACUAAAUUGGAUUUUAUGCAUGCAUUAUAUCGUAUUAGAUUAGAAUUAGAAUUCAAACCAAAUAACCAUAAAUGCAUGAUCUUAGCAUGAUUAAAUUAUGUUAACCUUUAUGAGGACACCGUCUACAUCCGCCUGGCAAGAAACAACCAGGGUUUAAUGGGCUCAUGUUGAAGGUGUUUUACUCUUAUUUAGUUUAAUAUAGUUUUCACAUUCCACAUUCACAUGGAAUACAGGAGGUAGUUUUGUAUCUGAGCUGUAGCACUGACAAACAACAAGCAAAUGCAAUAGCAAUCUGACGUCACUGACUUAACACAUUGCUGUACAUCCCAGUUUAAGUGUAGUUUCUUUUUAGCUAAUACUGUAGAAAUAGAUUCCUCCCCGCUAUUUUUAAAGCAUUGGCUAACAGUUCUCUAAUAACAGUUUAUACUGUGCCAAUUUUUACCAGCAAGUGUCUUCUUCUUCCUUUUCUUCAAUUACCUUGCGGCAUGUGCCAUUAUGAGGGAGGCACAAAAACAACCACUUAUAACAUCUGACAGCAACAUUCAGGCUGUGCAGAGAAUCACCCCCUUUAUUCUAAAUUACAGUCCUAAUCCACAGAACGUCAAGGCACCUGGUGAUUAGCCAUGCUACCACUCAGUACAGAGGAAAAAAGGAAAGAGAGGAAGGAAGCAUGAAAUGUACUUUGCAUCAUCCAAACAAAGGAUCUGAGUGGACUGGCGUCAGGUUUUGUGGACUUCAGAAAAGGACACAAAAAUAGGUGGAAUUAAAGGAAACACAAUGUGCACACUGUAGAGAAAUUCAUAGUUUAUUGAAACGCAAAAGCAUAUGUAUUUCAUUUGGGCACUUUAUGAUUCUUAAUGUCUUUUUAUGUGUAAAUAUUGUUAGUGUCUUCUGGAGUGAGCCAAAGUUAACUUAUCAUGGCUGAGGUGGUUAAUGUCAAAGCUCUGAAAGAGGGAAGUGAUAUUCUUGUUAGUUACUGUAAGAUUGUAGCAUUAGCUGGUAGCAUUCGCAUGACUAAUUUAAACUUCUAAUUAACAAACAACUUGAUAAGACUAAGCAUGAACUACAUGCUACACAGCAGGAAGACUAGUGAAAUACAGUACAUUGGGUUAAGACCCAAUGAUAGUGGGGGUCAAAAUAUGUAGCAAAUGUAUUUAGAUAAUGAUAAAGGUGACUAAUUGUUUUUUUUCUAAAUUAAUAAAACAUUCUAAUAUGAAGAUUUUAAGCCAGUUUAUUUCAUUAAUUAAUUUAUUGUUUUUGGGGUUUUUUUACUUUGAAUGAAAAUUUCAGAACCAAAUUUUUAUUAAAUCUGCUUUUAAUUUAAUCAAAUCACCCAAUUUGGAGCAAUUUUACUCUAAAAAGGGGCCUCUAAAAUUGCCUCUCUUUUGCCAGUAGCAGUGUUGCAGGGAUAUUAAUGCUGCAUUUAGUUCCAAACUGUUUAACAAAAUUCUGUAAAGCAAUAAUCAGAAAGCAUCCACUCACUGUAUUUGUCUGUUACUUGACAGAAAAAUGACAUGAGUAAGUAGUGAUUUUCGCUGUGGUAAGAUUCAUCAUUGAAAACAAAACAAUUGAAUUCAUCAUGAGGCAUAAAGGGACUUUUUUUUUUUAAAUGUGCAAUUCCAAACUUUUACUUUGAAAAAAAAUGUCUUAACGUGUCCAUUUGUUGCAUGUGCAGACAAAUGACAUUGAAUGCAGAAACUGAAAAUCACUUCCAGAAAAAUGUCAUUUUAUUUUUUUCAAUGUUUUUUCAACAAAACUGUCAUGUAGUGUCUUAUAUCUGUAAAAAAGUGUUAGAACUCUGUAUGUACCAUACAUACAUAUAUACAAAUAUAUAAAAUUAAUAUAUAAUUAGAUAUAAAAUAAUGAACUCCCCUUACUUUCACUCAAGGAAUGUGUUUGUAUUAGUGCUUUUUGUGCCAAAACAGAGAUUAGAUUAGAUAUUUGAUGGGUAAUGGGUUGUUUUCCCAGUUUUGAUUCAAUGAAAGCCAGUUUCACAAAACUGGGAUUCAGUCGUUCACCAAGCCAUAAGCAGGAUACAUGCAUCCAAAUGAUUUAGAUUUAUCUAAUGGCAGCCAGGAGUGAUGUAAAAAAACAUCACUGAAGUUUCCCACCUCUCUAUCUCUAACCUGCAGCCGCUCCCUGUGCAACAUAAAGGAACAGAUGUUUAUAAAGCAUUUAUCAAAGAGACAAUUGUUAACUGUACCAUAUUAAACUUUAAACAAGUUUCCCAAAAUUUCCCCUCUCCAGUGGAGAAACAUGACAGCAGUAGUGUGCGAUGCAUGCAGGAAAUAAUGGGGUUUUUAUGACGUCUACAGAUGCAGUCAUUUGUGUGAAUUUGGGGUAUGAUUUAUUAUUCGAAUAAUAUUAAUAUUAAUAAUAAUAUUGUUAAUAAUAAUAAUAAUAAUUCUGUAAGUGUCUGAGAGACAGUUUAUAUGCCAGCCUUCUUACCAGGAUUAAGAGUAACUGUUAAUAAUCAUUGUGUAAAUUUUCUCAUGCAAUGAUUCGCCUUCAUCACUUUGAGUUAGUCAGUGACACUGUGUAAUUUUGAAGGCAAAAUGAUUGACCUGAUGAAGUCUGUUAAUGUUAUUGUUGACAUGUUCAGGACCAAAAAUGUAUGUUUUUGCAUUCCUCCAUGUUUUGAUUGUGUCUGCCACUUGGAUGUUAAUUGUGUACUUCUAUCAAUUGUAAUGUAAGUAGAGGCCUUAAACACACAAUACACAUUUUUGCCAGGGCUAAGGAAUGAGAAUUGGCACACUAAGUGAUCAACGCAGGGCAAGAAAAGAGAGAAAAAGACAUUUCAAUCCAUUAUUUAAAACAACUUUAGUGUCAUCUAUGGAAAUAGAAAUCUGUGCAUAUGUUCUUAAUGAAUUUCUGAUAUACUGAACAAAUGAACAAAUUGAGCAAAAAAACUACUAAUAAUAAAACAAUAAAAACAUAUUUUACAGGAUAGAUUCAACCAUUUUGACCCAUUUCUUAUCAAAACAUAUUUUCUAAACUGUGCUGUUGUUUAUCUGUUGAUGUUUGGAUGCACCUCGUUUUACUUUUAUGUUUCAAAUGAGGUGUUUAAACAAAACAAAAAGCCCCCACUAAUCCUAUCUUGCCGAGGUCCUUUUACACUGUUAAGGUUGUAAUUCUGCAAAACCAGACCUUACUUUUUAUAUAUUAGUGGUACUUGAUUGUAUACAUGGUGCCAUUUGGGACCAAUGCCCAAGAAAUGAAGAAAACUGUAGGGGAACGAUUUUGUUACAUGUAUUAAGCUUCUUGUGUGUUUUUGCUCAUAUUUUUUAGGGUGUAAUUUUUACAUACCUGCUCCUUUGGCUGCUGCUGGCUUUUACACAUUAUAAACUGCCAUUCACCUGGUUAUAGCAAACAGUAGUAUAUUAAGAUGAGUCAUGUGCUCCUUCGGUCUUUAUUUAUAUUAACUUUAAAAAUAAAUCAAUGAAGAGCAGAUAUGUCGAGACAGUUGAAAAUCAAAUUCUUAAAAAAAAUCACAUUCUUUAAAAUAAAAUAGUCAAAUAUGAAUAUUAUGCUUCCUGGCAGGCCAGACUUUCUGCUGCUAAGCAGCUGAUAAGAUUAGUGAUGAUAUAAUGUACAAGCACAGCUUGUGGCACUGAAUAUUAAGUACAUUCAAUAAUACAAUUCAUUUGGGGAUAUUUUGGACUGUCAGAAAAAUGCAUACUUUCUAAAGACUCAGCACAGAAUGCUAGUCUGGUGUGGUUAAGUGUGCUGUGUCAGCGAUAAAUGACCACUAUGCCAAAAGUCUUUUAGGCCCAACACCAAGUUGUAGUGAUAAAACGUAUAUGCCUAGGGUUUAUGACCUCAGGGGAAUCCUCCAAAAUUUUGAGGUAAACAAAACAUCCUUAAUAAUGACAAAUAUCUCUUACUUAAAUUGUAAAUUAAAAUAGGCCAAAAGAUAGUUAAUGUUUUGCCCCAUUUUGACAGAGAUUAUGUAGUUUGUGUUUAAAUGUCAGCAAAUAGCUUCAAUAUGUGUAAACUGGAGAACUACUUUUUCAUGUAGUAGUCAAUAAAACACCGAGCUAACCUUGGUGUACAAUGGGUUAAGUCUGUGUCUGUUUUUGCAGAUCAACCUAAAAGUGACACUGGAAAGAUUUACCUUUGAAGAAGAAAAGAAAAAAAUUUCUGUUAUCUGCUAAAAUCAGCCAUAUCUUUCCCCUCUGAAGUACAUGAGAUUUUACUCAUUAGAAAGAAAGCAAGCACUCCUUGAAUCGUUUUCUUUAGAGUGACAGUGUGUAUGUUUCUUGACAUAUCAAAUUAUGUUCUCUCACAGGGAAGAGGUGGAUGAGUGGGUGGAUGAAAGGGAAGAUGCUGCUCCUCUGUGGCUAUUAUGAAACAGUGGCUGGGGGAUCCCAAAAGCAGCACAUCUCCUCCAGUCCGCUGUGCUGCAGAGACAGCGAUCCACAAGCUUUAUUUCUUUCCUUCUUAGAGCCCCCAACUGCCUCACAGCCCAAAACUAACCCUCAUAAAUGUUUUCCCUCACACACCAUCUGGUAGAUUAUCGCGUUCAAAGCAUUUCAUAUUACCAUGACUUAAUACAUUACACAGUUCGGUGAACCAAGUGAGAAUCAAAGUGCCAUGAGAAAUCAUAACUUUGUUUUUUUCUUUUCUUUUGGUUUUGUUUUGCUUUUUUUUUUGUUCUAUUUUGUUGUUACUGUUUUUAUUUUAUGACUGUUUGGUGUAGAUUUAGCUCUCAUCUUUCUAGAUUAUAUCUCAGUCAUUCAGUUCUACACAAGUCUUAACUCACUGUUUUGCAAACAUGGUUGUUUUAUUUCCUCAGUGAUACAAAGCCAUCAUAUUAAAAAAUUCACAGCCUUAAAUUCUAUUCUUUAAAUCAUGUGGUGAUGUCUUCUAAAGGCAUAUGAGAAUUGUCUAAACCAUACAUAUUCCCAAGACCCCUAACAUAAUAAGGGAAGGCGAUGUUUUGGUUUUAAGAUGCGUAGUAUAAAACAGUUUUACAGGCCUUCUUAUGUUUUCAAGGACAUGUAAUAUGGGCAACGUCUGGAAGCAAUGUUACUGGAAAAGUUUUCCUUAGUGAUGAGCAUUUAUCCAGGGAAAAAUUGUUUUUGUCAGCUAUACUUUCAUUAGAUAAAUAAACCUAUCCAUUUUCUUUCUUCAUUGUCUUUAUUGUUGCACUUGCAAUUUUUGCUACUAGAACAUUAACAGCAGUAACAGUAAGGUAUUUUGCCAGGUAUCUGUUUAAACGCCAUAUUUUAAGAAUUGCCAAUCUGUUUAAAUAUUUGAAAUACUGAUUUGUAAGUAUAUUGCAUUUUUUUUAUUUACUUUAUUCCAGUAGAAUAGCAUUAACAAUCGUUAGCAUUAAAGUACAAAAAAGCUGCAAAAGUCCAUAUGCAUUGCUUUCCAUUUGUUGCUCAUGUUUUACUGACUUGAAGUCCUGAAUGUUAUCAGAAGAGUGACAAAAUGUUGUAACUUUAGUUUUAGUCACUGCGCUGUCAUUUAAAACACAUAUAUUUGCAGAUUCUUUGGGAAACCGUUAUAUUGUUGAGUAAAUGCACAAUUUGGUGUAUUGUUAUUCUAUUCCAGCUGUCAAUAAAAUAGUUUAACUCCA